UGCCCACUCGCUCGCCGACCUGCCCGGCCAUCCGCUUGCGCCGCUGCCUCCUCGUCCUCUGCGCCCGCACAAUGUCCGAUCAGCCACGAAACCGCCGCCGCCCUUAACCCGCUCAAUUAGAUGCCCACCCUGUCGCAAACCUCCGCAACGCACCGGAGGAUAGCGCUUCCGACAGACUGCUCGACGUCGAUUAUUCGGCGCGACGAGUCCUCGCGCUGGGAACAUGCCUCACCGCAGCAGUGUUAUAACGCACUGGUGCCCUGGUACCGUGGUACCGAAGGGGUGGGAGACCCCGAAGGAGCACGUCGAGACGAUGGCGCAGAUACAUGCCUUCCUGAACGAGCAGGCGUGGCAGGAGAAUCUGAAGUGGGAGCGGAAGGAGAACCCUCGAGGACUCACAGCUGGCGCGGCUGAAGGGACGACCCGGAGAGCUCUCGCCGAAAGCCGGUUUCUGGUUGUUCGCAGGCUGGUUGCUUCCAGCCCAUUUCA